AGGCCCAUGCUCAAUCCACUGAGCUAUACCAGCCAGGGCUAAAAAAAAAAAAAUUUUUAAAGUAGCUUAGAAUGGCUUUGGAUGGUCUUUAAGUGACAACCACCCUGUCUCUAAAGCCAGAAACCUGGGCCUCUUUCUCAAUUACUACUACCCCCAGAUCAAUGCCACCAAGCCCUUUCUGCUUAUUUCCUGAAUAUAUUCCAAAUGCCUGCCCUCCAUGGUUGUCUUGUUCAGGUCCAUCCUCCCACCUAAAUUACUGUGACAGCCACUGUGCUAGUCUCUUUGUCAUAUCCCCCCUUGGAUCUAUUCCCACACUGCUGCUGCAAGAAUGAACACACGCGCACACACAAGGAGUCUUUUUUCCUGCAACAAUGGGUCUCAACUCUUCAUGUGUAUUAGAUUCAGCUAUCAGUUUAUGAAAAACAGAUACCUGGGUACUACUAAAUCAGGAUCUUGGGGGCGUGUGUGACUGGGCAGGAUUUUUUUUUUAACAAGCUCUGGUUUUGAUGCAUACCAAAACUGGACCAUGAGUUCAUGAGAUAAAGUAAAAAAAGCUGGCAUGUGAGGUCUCUCAGGCCUGGAUCUUAAUGAUUUCUUUAGGUACAUUCCCCUUCUGGAAUCCUAUCUUGUAUUCAAAUUGAAAUUCUUAAAAAAUUUUUUAAUUGAUUUUAGAGAGAGAGGAAGGGAGAGAGAGAGAAGCAUUAAUUUGUUGCUCCACUUAUUUAUGCAUUCAUUGGUUGAUUCUUGUAUGUAUUCUAAUGGGAGAUCAAACCUGCAACCUUGGCAUAUUGGGGCUAUACUCUAACCAACUGAGCUAAAUGGCCAGGCUCAAACUGAAAUUCUAAAUGUCACCCUGGCAGGCAUGGCUCAGUUGGUUGGAGCAUUAUCCUAUAACCUAAAGGUCGCCAGUUUGAUUCCCAGUCAGGGCAUAUGCCCAGCUUGCCGGUCCCAUCCCUAGUUGGGCUGCAUGCUGGAGGCAGCUAGUAAGUGUUUCUCACAGUGAUGAUCCUCUCCCUUUCCCUCUCUCUGGAAUAAGAUAAACCUUUAAAAAAUUUCUGAACAUGUUCUCUCAAGCCUGCAAGCCUCGUGUAGUUCCCUUUGCUUAGACUGCCCUAUCUACAGUUCCCACUUAACCUGCCUGGAGACCUCUUUUGAACAGUGCAAGUUCCACCUCUUCUGUAAAGCCUUCCCUUACAUCUUUCCAGGCUUUAUAGCACUUCAUCUCACUACUGUUAUUUCUUAUGUGUCAGUCUCCCUUGUUAAUUGCUAACUCCUUACAUUAAUUUAUCCAUCUUGGUGUCCUCAGGGCCUAGCAAUGCUUUUGUACAUAGUAAGCAGUCUAACACACGUUACUUGAAAGAACUGGUUUACUUCCCCCCUUGCCCCAUACUCCACCCCCCACCCCCCUUAUGUGAUGGGAACAGAGGUGCCACCAAGCUACCUAUCCAGGGGCCAGCUGUGAAGCAGAAGGUGGGCAGGGCUGGGUGGGCCUCCUUAACACAGUGUGCCCUGGACAACUGCUCAUCUUGAGAGAUUAAGGGUGUAGAUCUGCCUCCAACAGGACUUGGAGCUGUCCUGCCAGCUGGGUCAGGCUGUCAAUAAACAGGAAUUUACCAGUAGCCUAUGGCAUGAUCUGUUGUUGGAGUUUUCAUUUUAUUUUGGAGGAUGGACAGUAUAAGACAUCUGAUUCUUCCUUUGUUUUUUCCUCUGCAUGCACCCUCCCCAUCCACCCCCCAUUCUUAAAUCCAGACACCCCUUCUAUGACCACAACCUCUUGUUCUGUCAUUCCCACCAAAUUUGGUCUUGCAUUUCACUGAGACCUACAACCCCUCCCCCGGCCCCUUUGGUUUUUUUUUUUCACCUUGUUUUAACCCAUUCAGUUUAGAUUCUGCAUUCCAUCAUUUCAGCCACAUUCUUGCCUGUGUCCUUGAAGACUCCAUUCCUUCAUUGCAGCUGCCAAGUGAAACCUUAAUCCUGCAUUAUUCAUCUAUAAUGUGCAAGCACCUAUAUCCAGGAUGUUAAAAGGAUCUUAACACUGAUGUGUUAAGAUCAUGUGUCUGUAAAUUGUGCUCUCUAACCUCAGUUGGGUCCUCAGUGCUGCCCAGUGAUCCUGCUCAUUUUCCAAAAUCAGCUCUCUUCUACUCUCCACAACCCAUUUUCAAACUCCUCACUUCAUCUCCUUGUCAGCUGAUCUCCCUCACAGCUUAAUGAGGGGUGCAACAAGAAAAGCAAUUAUAGUCACUACGGUAGGUGUUGUGACAGAGGAAGUAUUGGGGUAGGAGCAUCUAGGAGGCAGGAACAUCUAAUUUGGGCUUGAGCAAGCUUCCUUAAAACAGUUCAUCAGUUAAGUCCUGAAGGGAGAGCAGGAGUUUGCCAGACAGAGGGAACAAUAAAGGAAAAGCAAUUCUGUUUGGUUGGAGCAUUGCAUAUAUGUUAGAAGGAAAAACUGGAGAGGUAAGCAGGGUCAAGUCUUGAAGACACAAAAGUAUUUGGACUUGAUCCUGAGAUUAAUGGAGCAUGUUAAAUUGUUUUAAAUGGGAAUAAAAUCAUAUUUAUGGCUUGGACUUAAGGAUGAAGUACAGAGUUUAGGGUCAUGGAGGGCAAGAUAAGAGCGCAUUUCACCAGCCUGUCUGGGUAGCUAAGUUGGUCAGAGCAUUGUCCCAAUAUGCCAAGGAUGUGGGUUUGAUCCCUGGUCAGGGCACAAAUGAGAAUCAACCAAUGAAAGCAUAAAUAAGUGGAACAACAAAUCAAUGUUUCUUUCUUCCUUAAAAAACCCACUGAAUAAAAAUUUUUAAAAAGAAUGUAUUUCAAGGUUAAGAGGUGGAGUCUACAUCUACACCCCUUCAGUACAUGAUCUUUGUAACCUUGUAAUUGUCUUUAUUUAUAUAAAAGUAUGGAAGUGAUACUUUGUGACUUUGGAGCCUGGCUUCAAUUGGAAAUGCAACUUGUGACUUUUUUUCCUCUUGAAAUUCAGUGCCACUAUGUGAGGGAACUGAGGCCAGUCUGCUGGUUAGUGAGACCAUAUGCAGCAGAAAUAAACCAUCCCAGCUGAGAUGAGACCACCUGAUGAACCAUUCAACUGAGUCUAGCUCAAUUUGCCAAAAAGUUAUUCUAAGCCAAAAAAGAAAAAAGUAUGAAUUUUAAAGUUAGACUCCUCAGAACAUGCUUCUACAAUACCUUGUGAUUCUCUUUAUUCUCACACAUGUGUUUCUCAUGCUGGAUUAUAAAAUCUAGGAGCACAGGGUCUACUGGCCUUAUUACUUAUCCCAGUAUUCAUCACACUGCCUGACACAUAGUAGGUACUCAAUAAACAGGAAUGGUUGUAGGGACCAGAUCUAUGGAGGGAUUCUCACCAGAUUGCAAAAGGUGCCUCCAGGAAUGACUUCCAAACUCACUUCAUUCUCAAGCCUUGUGGCCAGUGGUGGACAGAAGGUGAAUUGUGAUGCGUGCGGAACAUGGGGCCUUGGGAAUUCCGUAACCAAGAGGAGAAAGACGUAACAACAGCUACCGGAGACAAAGAAUUGCUUCUCCCUUUUCUCCCCUCCAAGUUCCUAGUGAAGAGCAGAACCCAUCAUCCCAGACUUGUGUGACUACACAGGCAAGCAUUUCGAGACUAACUUCACUUUGGUACCCUGGCCCUCAGUGACUCAAGGUGUUGGCUUUCUGAGUAGACAGGAGGCUUUUAAGUAGCAAAGCUCCCUGCUGUCAGCAAGCCCAGCACCAUGGGGAAGGGAGACACCCAGGAGGCAGCUCCACCCACCUCAGCCCACCGCUCUGUCAUGGAGGAGUAUGGUUAUGAGGUGGGUAAGGCCGUUGGCAAUGGCUCCUAUGGGACAGUAUAUGAGGCUUACUACACAAAGCAGAAGGUCAUGGUGGCUGUCAAGAUCAUCUCAAAGAAGAAGGCCUCUGAAGACUAUCUGAACAAGUUCCUGCCCCGUGAGAUACAGGUAAUGAAAGUCCUGCGGCACAAGUACCUCAUCAACUUCUAUCAGGCCAUUGAGACCACAUCCCGGGUGUACAUAAUUCUGGAGCUGGCUCAGGGUGGCGAUGUCCUUGAAUGGAUCCAGCGCUACGGGGCCUGCUCUGAGCCCCUUGCUGGCAAGUGGUUCUCCCAGAUGACUCUGGGUAUUGCCUACCUGCACAGCAAGGGCAUCGUGCACCGCCUUUCUGCUGCUGGUAGGGACUUAAAGUUGGAGAACCUAUUGCUGGACAAGCGGGAGAAUGUGAAGAUAUCGGACUUUGGUUUCGCCAAGAUGGUGCCUUCUAACCAGGCUGUGCGUACUAGCCCUUCUUACGGACAAAUGAACUGCUUUAACCACCUCAGCCAGACCUACUGUGGCAGCUUUGCUUAUGCGUGCCCAGAGAUCUUGUUAGGCUUGCCUUACAACCCUUUUCUGUCUGACACCUGGAGCAUGGGCGUCAUCCUCUACACUCUAGUGGUUGCCCGUCUGCCUUUUGAUGACACCAAUCUCAAGAAGCUGCUGAAAGAGACUCAGAAGGAGGUCACUUUUCCAGCUAACUUGUCCAUCUCCCAGGAGUGCAAGAACCUGGUCCUCCAGAUACUACGCCAAGCCACCAAGCGUGCCACCAUCCUGGACAUCAUCAAGGAUCCCUGGGUGCUCAAGUUCCAGCCUGAGCAACCCACCCAUGAGAUCAGGCUGCUUGAGGCCAUGUGCAAGUCGCCUAGCGUGGCAAACCGUCACCAAUCCAUGGAAAUCAGUACCUGAAAGUGGCUGAGAGGCAGGGGUUUGAGAGAAGAGCAAAGCAGGAGGCGUCGGGCUAAAAAUCUUUUAUACCAAAAAUAAAUCUAAGUCUGAUUUAGUUUCA